AUGAAUUCCGACUUAUUUAAAGACAUACCAUCUUGGCUGGUUUCUGGUGGCUGUGGUAGCAAUUUCCCUUGUCCGUUUCCAGGCAGUCUGUCUGCUACGUCCGUGUCUGUAGCUGCCAUGGCUGCUUUUACAGCAACUGCGGCUGCCACUGCAGCGCCUUCAGUUCCACCAGCAUCCGCCCUGCUUACUUCAUCUCCUUUUACUUGCUCCGAAGAAGUUCCAGGCGCUUCGCUUGGUUGCUGUGGCAUGGGUGGGCCUACACCACAAGAACUUCUUCGUCUACUCGAGAACUGCCAACUCGGUGAAUUGACAAACAAUUUGGUUGAAUCCUCUAAAGUCAAGACCAGAAAGGAAACUUCUUUUCCUGCCUACUUUGAGUACAAGUAUGAGUAUGAUUAA